CAGCCUCUCCGUACUCUUCCUACCCAACGCUGCGAAAUUAGAGGCUCUUUCGGGUCAGAGAAUGUAUAUACUUCAAGUAUAUACAAAUAUAGAUAUGUAUAUGUAUGUAUUAACAUCGAUCGGGGUUGUGUGCAUAUAUCGCUAGAAGUGUUCGUGAUCACAGUCACCUCAAAAGAGUUGUUAAAUAGUGCAGAAAAAAAGGUUUUUUGUCUAUUUUCUAGGCUGAAUCCUCAUGUGGCGGUUGUCAUACCAGCAAAGAGUAUUGUUGCCGGAGGUAUUCAUAUUGAUGUGAAAGGCGAAGGGUUUUCAUUGUUGCAGAGACCAAGAUUAGUACUGGUUAAAUCCGGGCCGGUGUGCGAUGUCGAAGAUGAUGGACUAAUGAUAUGUCUCACACCUGGUUUACCGUCAGGGGAUACUGGUGGACGACUACAUCAUAAUUUUGCGUUCGACUUCGAUGGCGCUAUUACUGAAAGUCGACAAUUCGAGGUGUAUCAAAAUCCCAGUGUUGACCAGUUUGCUGAGACGCGUUUCUAUCGUCCAGGCGAUAACUAUUUGACAAUCAAUGGUAACGACUUGAACGUAGGAGCAAUGGAACGCGAUAUCAAAAUAACGGUAGGUGGUGUUGACUGUCAGCUAACAGCACUUGCUAGGAAAGUCCUCACCUGUAAACCUCCGACAAGUAAACCACCUCUUGAAGGAGGACUGCAACCAGAAGUUGUCGUGAAAAUUGGGAAUAUCAGUUUUACCGCUGGUCAGUUAUCCUAUGACUCGCCCUCACUGACGUCUAGUGUGGUAAUGGUGGUUUUGGGAUGCAUUGUUGCAAUGUUGGUUUGCUUCAUGUGCUUAGCCGUUAUGUAUAGAAGAAAAACGAAUUCUCAUCAAAGGCAAAUGAAGUACCUCAAAACUCAGAUGGAUACUAUCGAAAUGAAGGUCGCGACUGAGUGCAAAGAAGCAUUUGCUGAGCUGCAAACAUCGUUGAAUCAGUACACAGCAGAUCUUCCUCUAGGAACUCCUAUUGUUCCAUUCUUGGAAUAUAAAGACUACUGCGCAAGAGUGUUGUUCCCAAACAACUCGCAUAAUCAUCCAGUUUUGCGCGAUCUUGAAGUGGAUAGUCAGAAAGCUGGAUCAAUCGAGGCUGGUCUGCGAGAGUUCCACAAGUUGUUGAUGAAUAAGACGUUCUUCUUAACAAUGGUCCGCACAAUGGAAUCGAACAAGUACUUUCUUGGGAAAGAUCGUGUCUAUGUUGGCUCUUUAAUAAUGGUGGUACUGCAGAAAAUGGGCUAUUGCACCGAAAUGCUUAAACAACUGCUACGUGAGCUGAUCGAUCGUACGGUAGAGAAGAAGUUUCAACCAAAGAUUCUGUUCCGAAGAAGCGAAAGUGUAGCUGAACGUAUGCUGGCAGCAUGGUUCACAUUUCUAAUGCAUGACCAUCUAAGGAAUUUUGCUGGUAAGCGUCUGUACGACCUUUACUGGGGAAUAAAGCAACAGAUGGAGAAAGGACCGCAGGAUGCUAUAACGCUUGAAGCUCGAUAUUCUCUAUCAGAAGAGAAGCUACUGCGUGCAACGUUCGAGUAUAAGGAACUGACAAUGUUUAUUGCUGCGGACUCGAUGACCUACGCACAACCAGAUAUACCUGUGCGAGUGCUCGAUUGUGACACUGUUACACAGGUUAAAGAGAAAUGCCUAGAUGCCAAAUACAGAACUGUGCCUUACUCGGAUAGGCCAAGUGCAAAUGAUCUUGAUUUGGAGUGGCGAACAGGACUUAACGGUCGUAUGAUAUUGCAGGAUAUUGACUCAACUUCUCGAGUAGAACCUGGUGGAUGGAAGCGACUGAACACCUUGUCACACUACAACGUUCCGAACAAUGCAGUUCUUGUGCUCACGGCUAAACAGAAUUCACUGUAUAACCUUUCUAUGUUAUCAGAGCGAAGUGAAAAGUCAGCGCUAAGUCUGAAAAACAGCCCAACAUUAUCAAGACCAUGGAUUGGAACAAAUAACACAAGUAAUUCAAAGGAUACUGAAGGCCAAAAAUUAUUCCAUCUCGUGAAACCCACUGAACAUGGUCCUACGGAGAAUCAGGAAAAAAUGGUGACAGAAAUCUAUCUCACUAGAUUACUAAUGAUGAAGGGAACGUUGCAGAAGUUCAUCAAUGAUUUACUUGAAACGAUUUUUUCCACCACACCACGAUCGGCACCGUUGCCGGCAGCAAUUAAAUAUAUGUUCGAUUUCAUGGAUGAGCAGGCUCUUGAACACGGUAUUACGGAUACAGAAGUGGUUCAUGCCUGGAAAAGCAACGCAUUACCAUUACGAUUCUGGGUGAAUCUCAUAAAGAACCCGCAUUUCGUUUUCGAUAUACAGAAGCCAACGAAGAUAGAGGGAUGUUUAUCGGUUGUGGCUCAGACGCUUAUGGAUGCAUGUUCUACGCAAGAUCAUCAACUCACAAAAGAUUCGCCAUCAAGCAAGCUACUCUUUGCUAAAGACAUGUAUCAAUAUAGAGACUGGGUGGAUAGCUAUUACUCUGAUAUCGUUCGAUUACCGCCUAUCCCGGAUCAAGAUAUGGCAGCGUUGUUGAACGAGGAAUCUCGAGUGCAUCGUGGUCAAUUUCACGUGUUUUCGGCUCUGAACGAACUUUACAAAUACCUCGAUCAGUACAAGGAUCCAAUCAUGGAUGCUCUAGAACACAAUGAUCAUGCACAAGCGAGUCGGUUGCCCGGACGACUUCAGGAUAUGCUGGCAUUGAUGGAAGCAGACCAAAGUCGAACGGACUAUGACAGUUCCACGUUGGGUCUCGGUUAUAACUCAAAUAGCCGCUUGAUGCCUCGAGAGCGGAUGUGA